AUGAACAAUAACAAAAGCAACGAAAGCAUUUUGCUUGCUCAAAACGAGUCGGGAGAACAAAUGAUUGAGUUUGCGCUCCUUUUUCUGACUGUUCCAGAUCUGCGGAAUGUCGCCACCAUCAAUCGUCAUUUCUCCAAGCACGUUCCCAAUCGACAGGAUGUGUGGAAAGUCAUCCUGGAAUGGUUCGAGAGAGCGAAUCCACUCAUGAGUGUAGAUAAUCCUCCAUCUUGUGAAGACAUGCGUUCCGCUCGUCAGGGGCCAUCCUUUUGGCCCGCGAUGAGGGGUUCGAUGCUUCCACCGUCUUUUCGGCCCACGAGCAUUCCUCCGUAUAUUCGGCCAACGAGCAUUCCUCGUCAAGAGCAAUCGUUUUGGCCCAGAAUGGUUGAUUGGCUGAUCCCGCAGUCCUUUCGGUCUAUUUCUCGGGUCACUCUUGGGCAUCCCCAAGCAUUCCCUUUACGCAAUGACCCUCGGUUGAGCCCUUCGUUUUCCCAUGAGUCGAACUUUGAAAAGCUUAUGGCUAUCCAGGCGUAUGCCAAAGCAUUUGAAGACAUGUGUGAUUCUAACUCCAUGAUGACAAUUCAAAAUUCCAACACAUCGCCAGGCGAAUUGGAUGAAGAUGGCGUUGGGAUGGUUUUAUCUUGCGUCACUCACUCGCAGCAAGGCAGAGUCGAAGAUCCUUCUGUAACUAUCUACUCUGGUGAAGAUCUCGACGUUCUAGUGUUGGGCUUUAUGACUUCCUGCUAUCCACGAGUAAAAUUGCGCUUACUCUAUCCUCUUGACUUCAAUUUCGAACAGGGACAAGUAGAAAGAGCCGCCGCAAGUGGGCAUUGUCUGCUAAACUAUACUGAACGCCGUCCAUGA